AAGAGUGGACUUGAUACACCCAACAGCCGGAACUUCUUAGUGGUUGCCAGUGCUACCGUCAGUGUCACGGACCGGCGACGUGGCCAAUUUAUAAAGCCAUGAAGGAAGAACGAGUUCCAAUAAACUCCUGUUUCGAGUUCCUCGAAUACCGAUCUCAGAAGAAUACUUCACCUUCGACAGAUUGUGACCUGCAAGUCACACACAAUGCUUUCUGGAGCUACUGUGGCCCAAUACUGAAGGAGAGCACAGAUUUGCCGCCAAAUUUCCAGGAAUGGACACGUGCAGCGCUGUCAGGCUCCUUGCUUCCGCGACUGAUGCCGUUUUUGCGGUUUGUCAACGAAGUCUUGAGGGACCAUAAACUUGACCAUUACUGGCUGACGAUUCGCGCCACAAAAGCGACAAGUGAAUUCGACCAGCCGCGAUGGCACACAGACGAUAUGUUCUUUAGCGCUCGUGGAGGAGGCCUUAGAGCGGUACCACGCGAGGAUGACGGCAAGAAGACCUUGGACUUGCAGACAGACUGGAAGCUUUGUACCACUUUGCUGGGACCUUCGACGAUGUUUAUUCCAGCUGAACACCAAGCUAAGGCGCGUAAGACGCAGCGAUCUACGAGGAAAGCCUUAGCGACAGAUCAUGAUUGUGCUUCAAUCCGCUGUAUAGCUUGCGCUGCUACAUCUGAUGCCGUCAGAGAGCAGCUUUCUAUCGACCUCAGGAAUAUGGGUGUCAUGCAGGCUGCAUCAGGCGAAUGCGCAUUUUUUCGCAUUGGACAAGAAAAUGGUGCCGUUCACUCGGAGCCUUGUAUGAACGGUGGUGAUCGAAUAUUCGUCAACGUUGUACCUGGAAAGAAAGACGAGCUGAAGAAUUUGACGAGCAAAUGGGGGAUGAAUUCUUUCCCACGGUCAUGGUGGAUAUCACCGAGUGUGCCCAGAAGUCAGGAAGCCAGUCUAUGGAAAUACUGAUUGUGUUCUAUGUGCAACUAUUGACUUGACGCCUUUGAUUCCACGAAGAUCGGAGAAAUCUAAUGUGUCUCCUAUCCACGACCACUGCUAUGCUCGUCAGAAUCGUCGCAGUUCGCCCCUCGGCUCAUAUCUUCUUGUUACGCCCGGCGUGCUGCCUCUGUAAUCUAUCAUAGGUAGGUUGCUACGUCUUAGUGCAUAAAUCUAGGCGUCAUGGAACAUGGGAAGUUCACAUUCCUCUUGCAUUGAACAUGCCUAGCCACUCAGCUAAGGACAAGAGCUCUGUCCAUGAUUGGCCAAUCAAGGCCGCAGAACACUUCGCGUCGGCACAGCGGUACCGACUCCUUCUCAACUAAAUCUGACACGUCGUCACGACUUGUUACGGGGUGACACGUCUUGGCAGAAUGGUGGCUGCAUUGCGAAG